AUGAGAGCAAUAAGGGAUGCCAAGAAGAGGGCAAAGGCUAUGGAUGUAUCUGGUUCAGGUGGAGUAGUUGGGGGUCGUGUGUGUGUGGAUGAGUUAAACAAAUGUAAGCGAAAAUCUAAAAAAUGUGAGUGUCCAGCAAAGGUAUAUGCUAGUCUUAAUCGUGAUGGGGAGUGGGAGAUAAAGAAGGUGCAUUUGGGACAUACGCACAACCCUACACCACGUAAGGCAAAGCUUGUUAAGGAGUAUAGAAUAAAGAGCAUAACAUCGAAGGUUAAGAGGAGGUUGAUAGACUUUUUCGAAGAAGGUGUGCCCAUUUCACAAAUUCAUGGCUGCUUUGCAACUGAAGUAAAAGGGCUAGAUAACCUCCAAUUUACUAUAAAAGAUUUGUCGCAUGUCGUAUACAAGGAAAGAAGGUUGAAAAUGGUUGGGGGUGAUGCAGCAGCAUUGAUGAGUUACUUUAGAAAAAUGCAACAAGGGGCAACAACAAUUUUUUUUCAUUCUGAACGCUUAGACCCAGAGGGCCGGUUGAAAGAUGUUAUUUGGGUUGAUGGGCGUAGUCGGGCCGCAUAUGAAGAAUUUGGUGAUGUUGUAUGCUUCGAUGCUACUUAUUUGACAAAUGAGUAUGAGUUACCAUUUGUUAAUUUUGUUGGCGUAAACCACCAUGGAAAAACUAUACUAUUGGGAUGUGCACUGGUUUCCCAUGAGAAUUGUGAUACAUUUAGAUGGAUAUUUGAAAAGUGGUUGUUAUGCAUGAACAACCAAGCUCCGGGUGCAAUUCUGACUGACCAGGCUGCGGCCAUAAGGAAGCCCUUAGAGGAGGUUAUGCCUUUGACGCGACAUAGAUGGUGCAUUUGGCACAUUAUGAGGAAAAUUCCAGAUAAAUUAGGGAAAUGUCAAAGGUACAAAGAUUUCAAGGGAGUUUUGAAGGCGACAGAGAAGCGACAUAUGUGGGUUCCGCCAUUCAUGAGGGACUACUUUUGGGCUAGGAUGAACACAACUCAGCGGGUUGAGAGUAUAAACAUUUUCUUUGACGGUUAUGUGAAUCGAAAAACCAAACUAUUUGAAUUUCCUCUAAAGUAUGCGAAGGCCAUGGAUAAGCGUGUGAGAGACGAGACAGCUGCUGAUGCAAAUCGUGCAAAAUAUAGUGAAGAAGUCUUAACCAGUCGAAGAAGGUAUAUGACAGCAACAUUUAUCAAGGUGACCAAAGAGGUCGACUAUCAAUGCCAUAAAUUUGUAACAAAUGGAAUCAUGUGCAACCAUAUGAUGCAAAUACUAGAGCACAAUCGUGUGAUUGAUAUACCAGACAUAUAUGUUGUUAGUCGAUGGCGCAAGGAUAUUUUUAGGAAACACACUCGAGUCGGGGUUUCAUACCAUGACCCAAAUAAAUCUGCCGCUGUAAAAAGGUACAAUAAGUUGAUGGCUGAGUUCGAAGAGUUAUGUGACGAAGCAGCUAUGGUGAAUGAUGAUGCUAUAGACAUUGCCAGAAAUGCUAUGUCAGAUCUGAAUUGA